AUGGCUUUCGCGACGAGUACCCUGGUCAACGGCCAGUGGACCACCAGACCUUUGGAUGUCAAUGCUGUUCUGCAACAUUACGAUCAAGAGGACAGGAAUGCCAGGGCGAUAUAUAUGGAGGUCGAAAAGCCUCCUGUCCUGGGACUCCUAACGCAGACUGUAAUCCGGAGCCCAUUGGCGCAUUGGAUUCUACCAAUAAGACUGAGGAGCCCAAAGUUAAAUGAUGUCGCAUUCAUUGGAGACGACUUUGUUCAGAUCAAAGAAUUGCGAGGUGAUAGGCAGCUGUGGGAUGUUGUCCGAAAGGAAAACUUUGGUGCUCGCAUUCGCAAUGCCCGAGUCAUUGGAACAAUAGACCUCUCUCUCAAGGGUGAGAAUUCCCUCUUCGGAAACCCACACAUCAAGGAUGACGACGAUGAUCUGAUGAUGGAUUCGGGCGAGACUUCUUUACGAGGCCAUCCACGUAAAGUGCCUGGACUUUCCCCUCAAUUCAUACUUCUACAACUGGAGACUGGCGACUCGGUAUUUUUGACACUACGACAGACCGAAACAGGAGUUCUACAAUUUGUUUCCAGUCGGCAUCGUGUUCCGAAACCAAUGCUAAAGCUACAGCCCGGUAUGCAGCUUUGUGCAGACCCAAGCUCUAGAUAUAUGGCAGUAGGAUGCUCCGAGGCUAUCUUUGCUAUCUAUGCAUUACACCCAAGGGAUACGCUCUCAGAGCAAUACCGACUAGAAUCAAAUAUUCGGCCAGUCGAAUCCGAGACUUAUAUCGCUGUCCGAGGUGUCAUCCUCAAGAUGGAAUUUUUACACCCGGCAGCUGGUGAUGAGGGUCACAUAAUCUUGCUCGUUCUAGUGGUUGUGCGAGGCAAGACACGGAUGCUGCUAUAUGAGUGGGAAGCGGGAAACGACCUGAAGAAUGUUCGUGCUCAUAGCACUCGAGGCCAUUUGCUGGAAGAGUCCCGCCAGGUGCCCCUAUUGCUAAUUCCAUUGACCAUAAAGUCGUCGUUCAUUCUCAUUUAUGAGAGUUUUAUGACGGUUUGUCGGCGCAUUCUUGAAGGUCAACCCGAGUUCUUAGACUUCAAUCACAAAAUUGAUCCGCCCACCAAACUCCAUCAUGGGCAAGGGCGCCCUCUAUGGACGUCAUGGACCAGGCCCACGCGACGCGAGGAUUAUAGAGUUCACCGGGAUGAUAUCUACAUUGUGAGGGAGGACGGUGUUCUGAAGCUCCUGGAAACCGACUCCGACUUGGACGAAUUUGUGAAGGCCAACAUGAACGUUGGUGAGCUCUCAGGCAAUUGUGGCACCGCGUUGGCAAGUCUUGACCAUCACACUAAAGGCAGCAAGAGUGGUGAUAUGCUCAUCACAGGAGGUGACUCGUGUGCUGGGGGAACAUAUCUUAUCCAAGCACGAGGUACUCCUAUUUUCACCGAACCCAUUCAAAAUUGGUCACCAGCCGUAGAUAUGACGACAACCUAUGUUCCUCAGCAGCGCCAAAGCGAUGAUGAAUGGACAUCAACUCGCCGCAAAAGACAGGCAGUUCAGAUGCCAGAUAAGAUUUAUGCUUGCGUCGGUAAUGGAUCAAAAGGAUCUGUCACUGAGUUUUGGUAUGGGCUCGAAGCAAAGCUGGGACUUGUUACGGAUUAUGAAAUCCCUAUCAUGGAUGCCUGGGUUUUAUGCCCAAAUCUCCACUCAUGGGAUGAUGGCGAUGACUCCUUAUUUCUACUCUCACUGGCCAAUGGAUCGGCUGCCCUUUGCCUCUCCGCCGAUGCCACCGCUAUUUCUGAGCUAGAUGAAGAAUCAACACAACUUGAUUUAAGAUAUCGAACAAUUAUCGCCAGUAUGCACAAGGACUGUACCAUACAGGUGACGGAGCAGUCAAUCGUUGUUAUUAAUGGACUGCACUUUCAUCGUGUUCAUGAAAAGGACGAACUUCUCAAGGUUAAUUAUGCCGGCACUUCCCUAGGCCACGGUCCGAUGAUCGAGAAGGCUGUUGUCCAUAAAAGCCUGGUUUUAUUUACAACACGUCUUGACAAUUCGACUUAUCUCCAGGCCUUGGAUUAUAGCAACAUAGAAACCGGCAAUGCAUCUCACAUUCAACCGCCGAAGCACCAGACUCUGGGCAAGUACUCGCCUACCGUUUCAAGCAUUGGAAUUUGUGUGGCAUCAAGAAGUCUUUGGGUAGUAAUUGCAGAUGUCCGUGAUGGCUCAAGCUUCCUCACAUUUAAAAUGAUAGAACGCCUAGGUGAACAUGAGCUACGAAUCCCAACAUCAUACGGCGAUAACCAUGUCGAUAUUGACGCAGUUGUCAGCAUUGCUGCGGCAUGCAGGUCGCCUGGCUUCCUCACAAUACUUUGUGGUACAGGCAAUGGCUUACUGCUAACGUUGGAGCUCGAUGAGAAUACUUUGCAACUUGUCAGCUGUCAAUGUGAUCGUCUUGGCGUAAACCAGAUGAUCAUUAAAAGGGAUGAGCACCAAGCCUUAGAAAAUCAAUUCUUCGUGAGCUGUGACUCAAAGAUAUAUACACUGUCUCCUAGCAGGUCAGUGCCAUCUACGUUGGUCCCAGAGCACUCAACCCAGACCUGGAAGAUUCAGCAAGUUUGGCUCACUGAUGCUGAGCGGCCUUAUUUGGAGCAACCAGAGGUGACAUCGAUACAGAGGCUAAAACCAAAUCUCCCGGGAGGUACUGAGGGUGGAGUUCUCAUGGUGGCUGGCUCUCAAAUUCUUCUGGCUGCGCUUAGUGCUCAACCUCAAACGGUCCCUCGCCACAUACCGGUGGGAGGAACCCCUACACGGUUAUUUUACUCUGAUUCCCUUGAUCUUCUUAUAGUAGCCGCAAUUGUGGAGGGGAAGUCCACCAUUCUCUUCCUCGACCCUAAAACCGGUGAAGAUCUUUCUAUGGCAUACGAUCAAAAUAAAGGAGCCCCUGCCGAUUUUGUAUCAGGUCUCGGUAACUUCGAUGAAAGAAUAUUUCAUUUAAUGGAGUGGUCAUACGUUAAAGACAAGAAAGCCUGGAAUUUCAUCAUUGUGUCUACUAGCUCGGGACGCCUUCUAAUCAUUUCCACGUCUAUGGAUUCCUCAACGACUGGGGCGCGUACAAGGAGCGGACGGGCUAAGGUUCGAUUUUAUACCCGCUAUAAGUUUAAGUGCGCGGAACCCAUAUAUUGUGUUACUGGAUUUUCGGAUGGCCUGAUAUGGUGCUCUGGGAACAAGCUAUUUUGCGACACUCUCGAUCUAAAGGACAAGAAGUUCAAACGCGUGGCUGAAUACGAACUUUGCUCUCCUGCUACCAGUCUGCGGUAUGACAACGACGUCAUCUAUGCGCUCACCAGCUGUCACUCUCUCGAGGUUCUCAAGUUGAUUACCAGUGAUGGUCGGGAAUCAAAAAUCGUCCACACACAUGUAAGCCAGGUUUCCCGGAAUACUUUGCACCACGCUCUCAUAGAGGGUGUCUCGGAACGGCCAAUACAUCUCGUUUCAGAUAAAGAUUCUUCCGUGUGGGGAUUGUGGGCCACUCCGAGCACGAAAGCCGAUACAUUGCAAACAGUUUUUCAGGCGCAACUUCCCCAUUCCAUUCUCAGAUUCCGCUUUGGGAGAUGUCGUCCAGUUUGGGACCCGGUUUGGAUACCUAAUCGCCUGCAGUUCAACUCAAUUUCGGGCUCGAAAGAUCCAUCAAGCGUUGGAUUCGGCGCAGGGUCUGCAGACGCUCCGGAGAUUCUUGGACUAUCUAUUGAUGGAUCCAUAAGUCACUUCACCGUUCUUGAUUUUGCAGCUUGGAGAUUCUUGAGAUUCCUCAUCAACCAAGCCACAAGGUCACCACGAAUCUGCGAAUUCACCCACAAAGAUGACACUCCACCACUAGAGCCAAUGAAAGAUCCAAAGACCACGAUGCAUAUAGAUGGCGACAUAUUGAAGCGGUGUUUAGAGGAUCAGCGUCUGGAAGAGCUCCUCCGAGUCGGUCAGCAAAGCUCGGAAGCGGUUCAAAUAUUCUCUAAAUUUUACGAGACGCUUCAAGGAUUACAUCAGGGAAAGCUCGUUAAGGAUGCCGCUCCUUCUGUCUAUGUGCAGCAGGCAUACGAAGAUUUGGCGUUCUUUCUUCGGCCUGUGUUGUAG